AUGUCUGCCGUCGAGCGAGAAUACCAAAUCUCGCCCAUCGUUACCGAUUCCGUCGUUCACAACACCAAGACCCUCUCCAACUUUCAAAGUCUUACGGCCUCCCUCUUCGGCGUCACAGCUGGCAUCCUCGGCCUCGAAUCCUACUCCGGUUUCCUCUUCUACUUCAUCUUCACUGUCAUCGGCAUUCUAUUCUUCCACAUCUUCCGCAUAGCGCCGAAUGCCCGCGCUGCAGGUCUUUCAUUCUUCGACACCAGCGAGUAUUUCAAGGGCCCUCUUGACUUUUGGACGAGCGGGUUUAUGGCUGGGUUGCCGGGGUAUAUAUUGACGUGGACCUUGUUUUACGGCCUUGUGAGGGCGUGA